AUGGAGGACCGCAAUGCUCGUUUUGACGAAGUUACUGCUUCGUUAGGUCCUCUCCCCCUUAGCACCGAAGAGUACUGGAAACUGCUCAAAGAGAUAUUCCCAGAUAAAGAAGAGCAUGACGCAUACUUGGUAUAUGACCUCGAACGCACCCUGCCGCAUCUAGCCCAUCCCGCUGGCAUUUUGACGCCAGCUCGAUUUAUUGAACUUGCAGAUUCAAUCAACUUUCUCAACCCGACGGAAUACAAAGAGCUACUUCCUGGACUUACUUGGGCAUAUCGUCCCUGGAUACCCCUUGGCUAUGAGAAUACAACUAUCUACCGUCUACUUCCAUCGAUCCACAAUUUAGCACCGCAGAAAAGCGAAUAUCCUUCGACAAAUUAUGAAGUCCUGGACCCUGCAUUUCUCGGUGUGAAUACUACUGUGCAGCCCCGCGAGCCAUCUCUGCCGCUUAACCGCCGCGCGCCUAACCUAUCAGAAGAGUCUACCAAGUCGGCAGAGGUAGACGACGCCGAGGCUCCAGGAUUUGUUUUCCACGAGCUUGGUGUACUGCAGUGUUUAGAAUGCGACACUUCUGAUGAGAUGCCGACAACAUUGGAAGAAGGUGAUGAUUGCGAGGGAGACUGGGAACCGACUGGUUUUAGUGUUGUAGCCCGGCUUAGCAAUACUGGCCAUAUCGACGGAGUUUAUGUCAUAUACAACAUGAAACCACGCCUGGAGGGUUGGGGCGAGCAAGAACAAGUUACACAUGCAGCAUGGGGUGUCCCACCAAGCUCACCUGGAGAACAAUUCUCAUGCGCACGGAUCGGCAACACUAUGCGAGACUUCGGUUUCAAGGUCAAGUUAGCAUGGAAUGAACAAAUCCAUUACCCAGUUGAGUUGGUGUGGGCAGUGAGGUCAUCAAUGGGGGCUGCGAUGCGUGCUACGAUGGAUGGUGACUACAAGAAGAACAUGUAA